AUAACUAUGCAUUAACUCCGCCGACCUCUUAGACACCUGAAGGUUCGAUCGAUCAGUAAAUAUCAGAAACGCGUUUAAUCAGAAUUAUACGGUAGGCGUUCGUGAUUUGAAACUGAAAAACGGAAAUCGGCAGAGAAUGCAGCCAUCUUUGAAUCGAAUCGAUUCGAUUGGGGAACGAAAUAGAAAUUGAUACUCAUCUCGUGGGGUAAUGAUUUGGUGGUCCAUUCAUAAUAAAUGACAAUGAAUCCGAAAGAAACGGGUCUCGGCGUCGUGGUCGUGUGUAAAAGCCGUUGGUUCGUGAUCGAUAUGGAAUCGUACUGUCGAAUGUUUCCGAGACGGUACGAUGAGUGCCGAGGAUAGCCGAAGGCGUUCGAAGUUGGCCGAGGCUCCGUGAACAAGCGACAAGCGACGCGGGGUCUUCUCCGGCUUGGGUUGAAACAGCGUUCGCGUCUACGGGCGCGGCUUUGCGUCUCGAGCUGGCGUUUUACAUGGUAAAAUGUCCUCCCUCGAUUAUCUGGAUCUGUGUCGGCUGUGUCUCGUGAAGGACCGUGUUUCGGUGCCGAUUUUCGAUGGCGAGGGAGACGUACGGCAAAUAUUCUUGAAGAUCGCCUCCUGUCUACCGGUCAAGGUUGCUAGAGAAGAUAAGUUACCGAAAAAAAUAUGUGACGACUGCGUGUAUAAAGUAGAGUUAUUUUAUCAAUUUUGGAAUACGACGGUAAACGCAGAAAAGCAGCUUCUACAAUGGCUAGGAGAGGUGAAUCUGGAGGACAAGCAGGGUUAUGUUACCGACGUUCUCAACUCGGGUGCAAUGAAAGAAGAACAGAGCACAGAGAACAGGUUAGAUGGCAACGUGAUUCAGCAUGUCGGAGAGCAUCAAAACAAUAUGAGCAUGGGUAUGAUGGACAACAUGGGGCUGGGUAUUCCCAUCAUCAUAUCCAGUGCUAAUCAACAGCAACAAAUCACCUCAGUUCCUAUGGACACAAGCGGUAGCUCUGUGCAAACCGUUCAGGCAGUACCUGGUCCAAGUUCACAAACAACACACAACCAAAUACCACAGAAUCGGACUAGUUCCACUCAGCACGAGGACGAAGAAGAGACAGAAGAUGAGGAAAACUCUGACGAGGAAUGUGAUGGAGACGAUGGCCUAAACGUUAAAGAAGAGAGCGAAGACGAACCCAGUAAUAGAACCGUAGAGCCUACGACCUUUGUAAAUGUUCCCUUGGUGUGCGACGAAGCUGGUCCAUCGGGGCUGCAGCAACAGAAGAUCUCGGAGAUACCUGAGAUGCCCAUGCCACAGUCAGCUGAUGAGGAUCCCAAAUCUGAGGCGCUAAACGGGGACGGACGUUUUAUAUACGGCAACGAAACGAUUCCGAUGCAGCCGUGGCAGGUUGUCGACGUGGAGGGUUGCCUGUACUACGCCUUCCUGCCGAAGGAAGGCGAGAAAUCGAAAGAGGAUAUCCCCAGAACUAACGAAGAUGACACGCAAGUGAUCUCGAUAGAUCUUCCCGAAGAAGAAAGGAUCGACGACGAUCAGUGCACCGUUAAAAUAAAGGAAGAGGACCGAGUGUCACUCAAGGGAGAGAACAGCGACGAUAACAGCUUGUACGUUUGCGAAGAGUGCAACAUCUGUUUCCCCGUGAUGCAAAUGCUCGAAUUGCACAAGAGCGCGGUGCACGAGCAAGCCGGUCGUUACAAGUGCAAAGUCUGCUUCAAGAUAUUCCGCAGCCUGGUAGCGUUCAAGAUGCACAUCGCGUUAGAGCACAAAGCGGAAGAACAGGAAGAGGCAAAGGACGGAGACAGUCUGACGUAUAUCUGCAGCUUCUGCGAAUACGAAACCACAAACAAAUCCACUCUCCAUUCGCACAUCAGUAGGAAGCAUCCGGGCGCUGUUCCGCGGAAAAAGAAGAACAGUUAUUAUACAGAGCCAGACUCGUACUCCUGCGACGUGUGCGAGUUCAAGUGCCCGAGUAGGCGCAGGUUGAAAGAACACCUGGAGCGGAAACACGCGUCGGAGUACAAGUACGAUUGCGAGUACUGCGGGAAGAAGUUCAAAGUGAAGGGCGACAUGAGACUGCACGUGCGGUUCAAGCACAAAGAAGGGCCGAUCGUUUGCGACGUCUGCGGGAAGACCUGUUCGAACAGUAACUCUCUGUACGUUCAUCAAAAGUGGGCCCACUUCAAGCCGAAGUACGAGUGCGAGAUCUGCAAACGGAGGAUGGUCACGCAGGAGAACCUGGACCAGCACAUCCUACUGCAACACGAGAGGCGGGAGAGCUUCGUCUGCGAAGAAUGCGGGAAGGUGUUCAACGAGAAUCAUCGGCUUAGGCAGCAUAUGAUGACGCACACCGGCGACAGGCCUUUCGACUGCCACAUCUGUGGCAAAGCGUUCGCUCGGCGCACCGCGUACAGACAGCACCUGCUCAUCCACACCGGGAAGCGACCGUAUACCUGUGAUAUCUGCGGCAAGACGUUCACUCAAAAGCCUGGCUUGAUUUGUCACCGGAAGUCCCACCCCGGCGUCCAUCCCCCCGGUCCUCAUUCGCGCGGCAUCUUCAUCUUCAACAAGGAGUCGGUCGUGAUGAAGAAAUGGCAGAUCCUGGAGUUCGACGGGAAACCGUAUUACGCGUUUGUACCUGAAGGCGACACGCCGCUGGCCGAGGAAGACAUCCCCGAGCAGAUCGAGGAAACUGGUAACGAAGACGAGAAACCGGAAAUGUUUAAAGUCGAGUUGUACGACGAAGAGGUGGAUCUGCCGUACGACUCACCCGAGGAGAGGCUGUACGAGGAGGAGCAGGUGUUGGAAACGAACGUGGAGCAGCGAGAAGCCGAGGACGACGUUAAACCGAUCAUAUUGAACGGUACCAUCGACGGUGCCAUCGACGAUAACGAUAAAUUAGGGGAUUUGUAUCAGGUGAAGGUACAGGGUAGUAUGGUGACCAUAGAGAAAUUGACAUCCAACGAGGAGGAGGUCAACGACACGAAGGAGAAUUUAGAACGGAAGUGGUAUCAGGAAGAGCAGGAAGAAGAAUAUACCGAACAGGAGCAGCUGGAACAGAUUGAGGACGAUCCGGGACAGGUUCAAGAGCAGGAAGGUCAGAACGAAGACCAGGAUCAGGAUCAAGACCAAGUGGAGCAAGUGGAAUAUUUAGAGGAGGAGAUGCUAGAGAUGAACAAUCACACGGCGACGACGCCUGCGAAGAGGGGCAGGAAACCGUCCAAGAACACGACCGGUGUGACGUUGAAGUGCAAAGCCUGUUCUGAAACGUUCAGCUCCGCGGUGUCGUUCAAAAAGCACGUGGCGUGGACGCACAAGAAGAAGCUGUUCAUUCAGGAGGACGGGAUUUACAUAUGCACGGUCUGCGAUUACAGGACUCAUAAGAAGAGCCAGUUCGCUGGUCACCUGGAACGUAAGCACGACACUUGGUCCAAGAAACGACCGAACACCGUGCUGUUCCCGUGCGCUGCUUGCGGGUUCGUUUGUAGGUCAAAGCACUCGCUGCAGUCGCACUUCAUUCGCAAGCACACCGAUCGUUACGAGCAUCAGUGCAAAUUCUGCACGAAGAAAUUUAAGGUGAAAGGCGAUCUGACCAACCACGUGCGAUUCCAUCACAAGGAGAAACCAAUAAACUGCGAUGUUUGCGGGAAACUCUGCCAGAACAGCGGCUCUCUGUACGUCCACCAGAAAUGGGCUCAUUACAAACCGAAGUACGAGUGUCACAUAUGCAAACGGCGUAUGGUGACGCAGGAGAAUCUGGACCAGCAUCUGUUGACGCAGCACGAGAAGCGGGAGAAGAUCGUCUGCGCCGAGUGCGGGAAGACGUUCACCAAGAAGGACUCGUUCAAGAGGCACAUGGCGGUGCACACUGGUUGCAAGCCACAUUCCUGUUUGAUAUGCAACAAACCGUUCGCCAGGAGAUCGCAGCUGCGUCAGCAUUUGCUCAUACACACCGGGAAGAGGCCGUUCGUCUGCGACAUCUGCGGUAAAGCGUUCACCCAGAAGCCCGGCUUGAUCUGUCACAGGAAAACCCACCCGGGUCCUCAUCCCCCGUUGCCCGUGAUGCCCAUCGCGGAUAUCGUGAAGGAGUUCACCGAGGGAUACGUGCAGGAGAUAAAUGCGCGCGAGAACGAGGAGAGAAUCGAGGAAGAGGCGUGCCUGGAUCCCCUCAGCAACGAAUUCAAGCUCGACGCUCGAUCAGAUUCGUCGCUGGAAUACCCCGAUGGGUACAUUAAUUGGCUCGACAAAGAGAAUUUCGACGAUCAACAAGAGAGCUUAAGAAAAGAUCAGAAAAUGACGAGACGAUCGAAGAGGAGAUCAUUUUUCGAGUGCGAUCACUGCCAACGAAAGUUCCUCAACAAGAAUAAUUUAAUAGAACACCUGAAGAAGCACAGGCACACCUGCUCCGACUGCCCGAGAACUUUUCGACUCCGCCGAUUUCUCAUUUCCCACGUAGACAAGAUCCACCGACGCCACGUGUACGACUGCAGCGUCUGCGAGUACAAAAGUAACAACAAAGGCACCUUGAAGAACCACUACAUCCGGUUGCACACCAGCAACUACGACUUCUCCUGCGACACUUGCGGGAAACAGUUCAAGAUAAAGAAAGCGUUGAACCACCACGUGAAACAGAAUCACAGCGACGCGCCUCCCAUAGUCUGCGACGUCUGCGGUCACUUCAGCAAGAACCUGCACGCUCUGAAGGCUCACAUGAAAUACAGACACUAUAAACCGGAGUUCGUUUGCCGUAUAUGCAGAAGAGGUAUGACGACUCAGGAGAAUUUGGAGCAGCAUUUGACGUGGCACGAAACCAGGGAAAAGGUGCUGUGCCCCACCUGCGGGAAACGGUUCCGCGGCCGGGACCUCGAUUCCCACAUGCGGGUACACACGGGCGUGAAGCCGUUUCCGUGUCCCGUUUGCGGGAAAUCGUUCCGGAGGCAGACUGCUCAGGAGCAGCACGUGCUGAUCCACACGGGGAAGAGACCUUAUGUCUGCGACAUUUGCGGUCAGGCAUUCGCGCAGAAACCUGGACUGAUUUGUCACAGGAAACGGCACCCCGGGCCAUUGCCACCGUUGCCCGUCGUGUCUAUCAAAAAUAUAGUCACCGAAUUCACAAAGGAAUAUGCCAUGAAGAACACGGUUAUCAAAAUAAAUUGUAAAUUUGAUAUGACGAAAAACUACAAUAAAGAUAUAAAGAACGAAGUAAGACGACGUUUAAUCUGUUUUAGUUCUCCAACGAGGGAUCCACUGAACUGCGUCGACAUGAAUCCCUUGGAAGAGAAGAUCGUCAACAGUCUAACGAGAGACGAUCGACGUGAACGGAGGACUCGAGUCAUUAAGAUAUUGAACAGCUUUUCCCUUGUCUCGCCUGAAAGCCUAAAGACGAGGAGACUCAUCGACAUCAAGAAGCCCAUUCGAUUGAAGAAACAACUAAUACCCAUGGAUACAACAAUAACCGUAGAAAUAAACGAACAGGAAACGGAAAGAACGAACCCAGUAAUAGUGACGAACAAACAAGCAAUAAAAAGAACCGUACCAGUAAUAGUAACGAACCAACAAGCAUUAGAAACGAUCGAACCGAUGAGAGUAAAAAUCAAGCAAACGCCAGAAAGGAAGAAACAAGCCGAGAAGAAAACGGAAAUUAAUUCAGAGAAGACAUCUUCAGCGAAGAACGAAGUUAACAGGAGCCUAUAUAUAAAGACUGACUUAUUGGUCGAUAAACGGAAGAAGUUGUCGUUGGAGUGCGACCACUGCGGGAAGAUCUUCGAACGUAAACGGAAGCUGGCGUCGCACAUGAAAGUGCACAGAUACGCUUGCGACCAUUGCGACAAAACGUUCAGAAUCAAGAGAGAUGUGAAGAUGCACAUGGAGAUCUCUCACGGGCCGGUGCUCCACCCGUGCGAGUUCUGCGACUACAAGAGCGCGAACAGGUGGACGCUGAGGGACCACUUCAUCCGCAGGCACACCACUAAAUACAACCACACGUGCUCCUCCUGCGGGAAGAUGUUCAAGAUAAAGAACGACAUGGUCCAGCACGCGAAGCAGAUGCACAAUACCGCGCCGCCGAUACUCUGCACCGUCUGUGGCAACGCUUGCAAAAGCAUGCCCGCGUUGAAGGCACACAUGAAGUACAAGCACAACAAGCCAGCUUUCAAGUGCGAUCUAUGCAAACGUUGCAUGACGACGCAGUACAACUUGGAUCAACACAUGCUGUGGCACAACAAGAAGGAGAAAGUGGUCUGCCCCGUCUGCGGGAAGAUCUUUGGACAGAAAAGGGACCUGGACAUUCAUCUGAGGCUACACGAGGGCAUCAAGCCCUACGACUGUCCGGUUUGCUGCAAGAAGUUCGCCAGGAAAACCGCCCAGGAACAACAUAUACUCAUACACACGGGUCUCAGGCCGUACAUUUGUGAUAUAUGCGGCCAGAAGUUCGCACAGAAACCAGGAUUGAUCUGUCACAGGAAGCGGCAUCCAGGACCGUUGCCGCCACUGCCCAUCACUUCCGUCAGGAAAAUCAUUCUGGACUUCACGCAGAAAUUUUUCAGGCCUCGAAGAGUGAUUUCGCGUACGGUUCACGAGUGCGUGAAGUGCGGAGCCUGUUUCUGCCACACGCGGAAGCUGGUGGAACACCUGAAGAAUCUGCACGGGAUCGAGAGAGCCUUCAGCUGCGACGAGUGCGGAAAGACGUUCAGGAGCCCGAUGAACAUAGCUCGUCAUAAAUUGAUUCACACCGGUUCGAAAAAAUUCGCCUGCGACCUGUGCGACUACAGAUCGAACCAGAAAUCGAAUCUGGAGAGCCACCGCCGCCGGCACACCAAAGACUAUUCGUUCAAGUGCGAGCUGUGCCAGAAAGGGUUUUUCCUGAGGACGGAAUACUUAGAACACGUGAACGUGCACACGCGUAAGCAAUUGUACCGUUGCGAACACUGCGAGAAGUCCUACCCUUAUAAAAAGAACCUGACGAAUCAUUUGAGAAUGCAUCACGCCGACACUUUGCCGGUGAGGUCGAAGAACGAACGGAAGAAGCACGUGUGCACGAUCUGUCUGGAGGGGUUCACACGGAAAAUGUUCCUUGAGAGGCACUUGAAGCAGCGGCAUGGCGUGCACGAGAAGAAGAUGCAUCUGUGCGACCUAUGCGGGGCCGUGCUCUCUUCUAAAAGGCGACUGAUGGUCCACAGGCGGGGCCACGCGAACGAGAAGAUCGCGAAAUGCGACUUCUGCGAGAAACAAUUUUCUAGUAAAGAGAAUCUCGCGAUUCAUCGACGGAUACACACUGGCGAGAAGCCGUACAGUUGUUCGCAGUGCGACAGGAGGUUCACACAGAGGACUUCCCUGAUUUUGCAUCUCCGGUACCAUUCGGGCGAGAGACCGUAUCAAUGCCUGGACUGCGGCAAAGGAUUCGUCUCCGGCAGUUUCCUCAAGAAACAUCGGAAGGUCCACGAGAAGACUUGUCAGUGGAGCAACGGUCACGAUGAGAGCAACAUCGAAGCUUUCAGAAUCAAGAUUGAGGAUCCUCAACAGAAAUUCGAAGCGAACGAGAAGGUCUGCGACUUCUGCCAAGAGAAGUUUCACUUCGUAACGAGACUGGUGGCCCACCUGAGGAUCGUUCACGGUAUCCAUAGACCGUUUAAGUGUGUCACCUGCGGGAAAGCGUACCCACAGCAAUUCAUGCUAAACGCGCACGUGAAAAAUUCCCAUACUCCAAAAACGACCGCCUGCGGUCAAUGCAGAUUCAUGGGGGUGAACGCCGCCGACGUGGAGAGGCACGCGAAACGAUAUCACAGCCUGGACAUCAAAUUCACUUGCGAGAUCUGCAGCGAGAACGCCUGCGGUGCUACCUUCGACGAUAUCUUCAGUUUGAAAGAGCACAAUCGCCUGUACCACUACGACCCAGCGGCAUUAGUUCAAGAGAACGAGGAGGGGGUAAUCGUUAAACAUAAAUGCGAUGUAUGCGGUAAGACGUACAAGUAUAAGUCAGCGUUAAAGCAGCACAAGGUGAAGGCGCACGAAGGAACCCCGGGUUACGAGAGACGGCGAUACCUCUGCGCGCUUUGCGGCAAAGAAUUGAAGACGGCCAAAGGCCUCGAGAUUCAUAAUAGAUCGCACACCGGCGAGAAACCGUAUACUUGCGCGGUCUGCGGUAAAUGUUUCGCUUGUGAAACGCUGCUCAGGACUCACAACGUGACACACACCGGCGAGAGGAAGUACUCGUGCGAGCAAUGCGGCAAAGCGUUCACGCAGAGGUCCACGCUGGUCGUUCAUAAACGUUAUCACACCGGCGAACGGCCGUACGUCUGCACGCGCUGCGGCAAAGGUUUCGUUACCAGGACCGUCCUGAAUACUCAUUUGAAAUCCUGUCGCUGAAGGAACAGCUGGGAAACGAAAUUAUACCGUGAGUAAACUUACUGACUUCUUAUAUAAAAUUGAAUCGAGAAAUGCAAGAAUUCAUUCAAGCUUCGUAUAAAUCUUUUGAUGAAAAAAAAGAAUAAUUUACAUUUUAUCUUGUUGCAAUUUAGUUUUCAUUGAUCUAAAUAUUUUUAAAAAACAGUUCAAUGUUACGAGGCCAAGAACUCGAUCCUUUUUUAUUUAUAAACCGACGCGAAUAAGAAAUCAAUACGCGACGUGGCUAAUAAAAAAAAGGCUCAACUUUGCACGCAAGAGAUCUGAAAUACUUGAACCAGUGAAUUUAAUCUUUGAAACAGAUUUGAUAUUUUGGUUACUUAUUCUUAUUCGCCGAAAGAAAAUAGAUCGUAACUCGUUUAGCACGGAAACGUCCAGGAGAAACUUAUGACCCUUGAGAUCACGAGACCCUCGCGGAAUCAGGGCAACCCUUAUCCAUACAAUCGCCAUCCACCUGGGCGGUUAACCACUCGAGCUCGAUCGAUUCAAAGAAGCGAGCUUUUGUCUUAAGUUUCAUCAAGAGGACGUCCUAAAUAUAAUACACGAACAUCCUUAGUCCUAUAAACAGUCUCUUAGAUAUUCUGAUAUCGCGAAUUUCCUUCGAUAAUCUCAUAAAUUCAAGGCGUAAACGAUUUAAGCUUUUUAUCCUAAGUGAUAACAACGUCGUACGUGAAUAAAGCCGUCCUUGAUGUUAGUAUUGAACGAUACGAUCAUUAUAAAUCAGUUGCACAAAUGUCGCCUGGUAGCAACGAUAACAGAAAUCUACAUUGGAAGUAAAAGCUUGUUUAAUGAGCAAAACGAAUCAAAUGACAAUUUUAGUAAUCUUUGUAUCAAAUAAAACGGGCUUACGAUGGUUUAACCGGAAGCUUUAGAAAAAUCA